GUAAUGUCAUUUGUCAGUGUCAAAAUCACAUUAUUUUCGUUGAUAUUCGUGAGUUUACCGCAAGUUUACCGUUUAAGGUUAGGAAAUUUUCGAAAAAUGUCUAAAAAGAUAAAGAAUUUAAAAUGGGAAUCCGUCGCUGUAGACGGAUUUCCAGCAUCUAUGUUGGAUAACUUUCAAGGUUUUGUCGGUUUAGAAGAAUGCACCGACUAUGGUUUGGAUAAACAGAGCAGACGAAGCAAAAAGAACAAACAAACAACAAAGCGAAAGAACAUUGAAAACAUAAAUCCACAGAUAGAAAAAACUGAAGUACCAAAAAAGAAAAUCAAAUUAAGCAAUGGCUUCACUGUUGAAUUGUGUAAGAACAUCACACCGUCCACAACAAAUGAAGAGGAAAACAAUAAAAGAAAAAAGAAUAAAAAGGGAAAACCCAUACAGGACAAAUUCUCCAUAGUUCCUCAAAAUAAAGAAACUGAAACAAAACUUAAGAAAAUUAAAAAACCAAAACUCGGAGAAAGUACAUCGUCAGUGAUGUCAAAUUUAACAUCUGAAGAUAUGCUGUCGUGGGCAGAAUUUAAGUUGCCUGACGAAAUUUUGAAGGCGUUAAUGGAGUUAGGAUUUAAAAACCCAACAAAAAUACAGCAAUUAUCAUUACCUGCAGCCAUUCAUGGUCGAAGAGAUAUCCUAGGUGCUGCUGAAACAGGUAGUGGUAAGACCCUUGCAUUUGGUCUCCCAAUACUGUCUGGUAUAAUGAAAUUAAAAGAAAAGGCUUCCCUAAAAGGACAUGUUGUGGUUAAAACUGGAAAGCCACUGUAUGCACUUAUCUUAACUCCAACAAGAGAGUUAGCGAUUCAAAUCAGCAGGCAUUUGAUAGCCGCUGCUAAAUAUACAGGAAUAAAAGUAGCAACAAUAGUCGGUGGUAUGGCAGCCGUAAAGCAAGAGAGAGUCCUGAAGUCAGGUCCAGAGAUAGUAGUGGCGACACCUGGAAGGUUGUGGGAGUUACUUAACCAAGGGCAACCCCAUUUACAACAGUUACCUAUGGUUAAGUUUCUAGCAAUAGACGAAACAGAUCGUAUGAUAGAACGCGGUCAUUUCGACGAGUUACAACCAUUGUUAGAAAGACUAAACUCUGACGAAUCGCACAAAAAUUCUCGUCAGAAUUUCGUAUUUUCGGCCACGCUCACACUGGUUCACGAUCUGCCUGGACAUAUGAAGGGGAAAAAGGUAACAAGAAGAGGUAAAAUAAUAAACAGGAAAGUGGAAAAGAUGACACCCCAACAGAAAAUUAAGAGAUUGAUAAACAUGAUCGGAAUGACAGAUCCGAAAGUUGUCGACAUCACGACACAGAACUUAGGUACAGCAGAGACGUUAACUGAAUGUAGAAUAGCGUGUUCCAUGGAUCAGAAGGACGCGUACCUCUAUUAUAUAUUGAAGAGACAUCCUGGCAGGACAAUAGUAUUUUGUAACUCUAUCGGUAGUGUGAAGAGGUUAGCCCAGUUACUAUCACUGCUAAAGUGUCAACCGCUACCGUUACACGCGAAUAUGCCGCAACGACAGAGACUGAAGAAUCUUGAAAGGUUCCGUGAUGACCCACAAGGUGUCUUAGUAGCUACUGAUGUAGCUGCAAGAGGGUUAGACAUUCCGGACGUUGAUCACGUCAUACAUUAUCAAGUGCCUAAAACAGCUGAGAAUUAUGUGCAUCGAAGCGGUCGAACAGCCCGAGCUACAAAGGAAGGUUUGACCAUACUGAUGAUGGAGCCCGCUGAAGCUUACAACUACGCGAAGUUAUGUAGGACUCUCAAUAAAACCUCAGAGAUCCCCACGUUCCCAGUCCAGACCCACAGCUUAUCUCCAGUCAUAGAGCUAGUGAAGGUAGCUCGCGAGAUGGAUGCCCUUUUGCUGAAGAAGAGACGCGGUGCGCAGGCGCAGGGCUGGAGGGAGAGGGUGGCUCGAGAGAUGGACAUCAUCAUCGACGAUGAUGACAUUCCAGUACCAAACGUAGACCCGACAAUAGACAAAGUGCUACGGGUUAAGAAGAGACAAUUUGAAUCUCUGCUCGCGAGACCGUUGUUCCCUAAGGGAUUCUCCUUUAAAUACCCUACUUUGAACGAUCCUAAUGCCCUCCAGAUCACGUCCGAAGAAAACGCUUUACAGGUAAUGAAAAACGCGAUAGAAUCGGGAAAAUUGAAGAAAGAAAAGAGAAAAGGAAAGAACGAUUCGUUAUUGAAAUUAGAAAAGGCUUUCAAAAAAACAAAAGAAGUUAAAAAAUAGUUUAACCUAAAAUAGUCUCAUAGAAAAUAAUUGAUAAAUGAUUUACAACAAUUAACAUCAAUACCUUUUUUUUAUUUCUAUAAAAGACCUUUUAAUAAAAAUUAUAAAAUUGUAAA